UUUUCUGAACUUGCUAAUAAACGAGGAACAGACAGAAAGAAGAAACAGCCUUUCUCCAUUUCUGAGACCACUUUCCAUGGCAUGCUUUCCUUCUACAACGUUUUUGUCGAAUUCUCUUCACCUUAACAAAAAUACAAAUCAGUGUCUGCUACAUGUAUAUUCAACCCUCUCACUAAACCAAAACCUUAGAAUAUAUUCGAAAAAUCUACUCAAACUCUCACCAACCCGAUACCAUGUAACAACAGUACCUUGUGCUACUGGUUCUGCAGGAGUUGGGUCUCCCUUGUUGAGUGAGGAUACCACGAGUUCACUUGAUUUGGUGAAAGUUUUUGAUUUGAAAGGAAACGGGAUUCCAAUUUCUGAGUUGUGGAAAGAUAGGAAAGCCGUUGUGGCUUUUGCUCGCCAUUUUGGGUGCGUGCUUUGCCGCAAAAGGGCUGAUUAUCUUGCUUCCAAGAAGAAUAUAAUGGAUGCAUCUGGUGUGACACUUGUAUUAAUUGGACCUGGGAGCAUUGAUCAGGCCAAAGCAUUUGCCGAGCAAACAAAAUUUGAAGGAGAAAUAUAUGCAGACCCCAAUCACUCAUCAUAUGAGGCCUUAAAAUUUGUUUCUGGAGUUUUAACCACAUUUACCCCCAAAGCGGGUCUUAAGAUUAUACAAUCAUAUAUGGAAGGUUAUCGACAAGAUUGGAAGCUUUCAUCUGAAAAGGAUACCGUUACUAGAGGAGGCUGGCAACAAGGAGGAAUUAUAGUUGCAGGUCCCGGUAAAAAUAACAUCUCAUACAUUCACAAGGACAAAGAAGCAGGUGAUGACCCAAACAUUGAAGAUAUCUUAAAAGCAUGUUGUUCCUGAAGAAAGCAGAACGGGUUCUUUCCCUGCUUUAUUUAUCCUGAUUCGUGAAGUGUGGUACUCUCAUCAUAAGGCAUUGUACAUCACUGACGCUGAACAGUAGCUUUGCCUUGAGGUUCAGUUAUAAGAUAGCUUUAUUACCCGCCAUUCACCAGAUGAAAACUCAGUUUUUAAUCUAAUACUAUUAGACUCCUAAUGUAAGAUUCUAUUUUUGUGGCAAAAUCUUUUAUGUAAUAUGUUUCCAUUUAUGAUCCUGAUCCAUAAUGAACGUUCUGCCUCCACCAGUUUUAGUGUUGUUAUAUGAUUUUGUUUUAUUUCAUUGUUUCAAUUUGAAGUGGAAUGAGCUGGGCUUCUUAAAAAGUUUGUACGAUAAGUUGAGUUAAAAAAUU